AUGAGCGAUAAUCCAUUUGAAUCGGUCGUUCGGGGCACAGAGGGUGGUAUUUUGCCCUCAGAGGCAUCGAAUACCCCCAGUCCUUCAUUAGAGUUCUGUACGAUGAGUGUAGAAGAAGCUGCAGCUGCCUUGGGAACUAAUGUCCAAAAUGGUCUUCCUAAUAUCAACGAAGUGAGAAACCGCCAGCAAGCGUAUGGGAUCAAUGAGAUAACAGCAGAUGAAGAUGAACCGCUUUGGCGGAAAUUUUUAGGAACGUUCGUCAGCGAUCCUUUGAUAAUGCUGCUGAUAGGGUCUGCGGCGGUGAGUUUCGUCAUGGGCAAUAUAGACGAUGCCGUCAGUAUAACGCUGGCAAUUAUAAUAGUAGUUACUGUGGGAUUUGUUCAGGAGCACCGCUCUGAGAAAUCCAUUGAAGCUCUCAAUCGCUUGGUUCCCGCAGAAUGUCACUUAAUCAGGGCUGGUCAAGAGUCGAGGUUGUUGGCUUCCGUCUUAGUUCCCGGCGAUUUAGUCCACUUCGGCGUUGGCGACAGAAUUCCUGCAGACUUGAGGAUUGUCAAAGCGGUCGACUUAUCUAUUGACGAAAGCAAUUUGACCGGUGAAAAUGAGCCUGUUCAUAAGUCAACUCAGCAGGUCUCCAAAGAUAGCUACAACGAUAUCCCAGGAUCUUUGGUUCCAUUGGCCGAUAGAACUUGCAUCGCAUACAUGGGAACGCUAGUUCGCGAAGGUCAUGGAAAGGGAAUAGUGGUUGGCACUGCCAAAAACACAGCUUUCGGAAAAGUGUUCGAAAUGAUGAAUUCAAUUGAAAAGCCCAAGACUCCUCUUCAAACGGCUAUGGACAAAUUGGGAAAAGAUCUGUCCUUGCUAAGUUUUGGAUUGAUAGGCGUUAUUUGCUUAAUCGGAAUAAUACAAGGAAGAUCCUGGUUGGAGAUGUUUCAGAUAUCGGUCUCGUUAGCGGUCGCUGCCAUCCCAGAAGGAUUACCAAUUAUUGUGACAGUAACACUGGCACUUGGUGUUUUGCGAAUGGCCAAACGGAGAGCUAUCAUAAGACGCCUUCCUAGUGUUGAAACCUUAGGUUCCGUGAAUGUGAUUUGUUCUGAUAAAACUGGGACGCUCACAGCUAACCACAUGACCGUCAGUAAGUUAUGGUGCCUCGGGACUAUGUCAAAUAAGUCUAACAUUAUGAAUCUAUCUGGAGCCAAUAAUAGCAAUUUCAAAAACCAUUUGAGUGACGACGUUCUGGCAACACUACGCAUCGGUAACAUUUGCAACAAUUCUACCUAUUCCCAAGAGCAUGUAAAAUUUCUAGGAAACCCAACAGACAUUGCUUUGCUAGAGGUCUUAAGAAAGUUUGGACUGGACGACCAACGUUCUCGGGUUACGAGGGUAGCAGAAAUCUCUUUCAGCUCAAAGCGAAAAUUCAUGGCGGUGAAGGCCACAGACUCUAAUGGGAAGACCGCAAUUUAUGUGAAGGGUGCGUACGAAAAGAUUCUUGAGAAAUCAACUCACUUCAUUAAUGCUGAAGGUAAGGUCGUAAAGCUUGAUAAUGGUCUCAAAAAUGUCAUCAGUGAUAGCGCGAACACUCUUGCUUCAGAGGGUUUGCGUACUUUGGCAUUUGCUCAAUUAGAAGUCUCUAACCCAUCCGAAAAACCAUUCACUGAGGGCGAAAUCAGUGGGUUGACUUUUGCCGGAUUGUUGGGGAUGAAUGAUCCGCCACGCUCGACCGUUAAGGCUGCUGUGGAGAGGCUUUCCGAAGGCUCAGUUCAUAUCAUCAUGAUAACCGGUGAUGCUGAAAAUACAGCCGUUAAUAUUGCAAGGCAAAUUGGUAUUCCGGUUGUGAACCCUGAGACGGCUGUAUUGACCGGAGACAGACUGGACAAUAUGACUGAAGAUCAAUUGGCGAGCAUCAUCGAUCACGUCAACAUAUUUGCCCGUGCUACUCCUGAACACAAAUUGAAUAUUGUCAGUGCCUUGCAAAAACGAGGCGACAUUGUAGCUAUGACAGGUGAUGGUGUAAAUGACGCUCCUGCGUUGAAGCUUGCCGAUAUCGGGGUUUCAAUGGGAAAAAUGGGUACGGAUGUCGCCAAGGAAGCCUCAGACAUGGUUCUGACUGACGACGAUUUCAGCACGAUUCUGACAGCGAUAGAAGAAGGAAAAGGGAUUUUCAAUAAUAUUCAAAACUUUUUGACCUUUCAACUAUCUACAUCUGUUGCAGCCUUAUCUCUGGUUGCUAUUUCAACAGCCUUCAAGUUACCAAAUCCUCUUAAUGCGAUGCAAAUUUUGUGGAUUAAUAUUUUAAUGGAUGGCCCCCCUGCUCAAAGUUUAGGUGUCGAGCCCGUCGAUCAUGAAGUCAUGCAAAAGCCUCCACGUAAGCGAACCGAUAAGAUAUUGACUGUUGAUGUUUUCAAAAGGCUCUUGCAAAGUGCUGCAUUAAUCAUUGUUGGCACAAUCUACAUUUUCAUAAAGGAGAUGACAGAAGAUGGACAAAUUACGGCAAGGGACACAACAAUGACAUUUACAUGCUUUGUUUUUUUGACAUGUUCAACGCUCUAG